AUGAUAGAACGAAUUGAACAAUGGGAACGUGACUCGAUUAACAAGAUUCGACAAACUGCAGAAGAAGCCAAACAACUAUUAUUUCGACACACUAAUACACAUUUUGCUGGAAUAGAAAUUCAACUGGAUAGAUUGACUGAUCAAUUGAAACAAAGUAGUCGAACAGACGACAUCCAUGAAAUAGAUUUAUCUCGAUUCAAGACAAAACUAGAACAACUGACAGAAUUACUGUUUAAGCCACCAAAUAUCAAUGUCCGAGAAGAUCCAAUACCAUUUGUGGUAAAAAUUAUUCUAGACGUACAACAUGAAGAAACAACAAUACCAAAUCGUGGACAACAUACACUUGAUAGAUCUUAUAGAAGUGAAAUAAGAGGUGACGAAACUCGUUUAAAUACUGACAAUCGAUCAAUAACGAGAAGUAAUCUCCCUAAUGACUCCAAUCAACCAACAACAUCAAGAAUUUCUAGUCGAGUCAUAAAUAAUGAUGUACAUAACGAAAAUAAUCCCAGUCAACGACGAUUUGACACUAAUGAACGAACAAUAAUUUCUUUAACCAACAAUCGUAUUACUUUUGAUGAUUCUGAUGAUGAUAACGCUUCAGGUUAUAUUUCUUGGGCUCAGCGAGAUAUAAUUGACUAUCGUAAUAAUUAUCCAAAUGCACGAUCAGAUCCAAAAAUAAUACAAAAUUAUCUUUUUUAUACAAAUAAGAUACAAUCUUAUCCAGAUGGUGAUUUUAUUGAUAAUAUACAUACAAUAUGGUUUCGUGAUUAUGAUAGAUUAGAAUUUCAUCAUGGUUACACUCAAUGGUUAUUUCCGCUACAAGAAAGAGGACUUAAUUGGCAUAUCGAACCAUUACAAAAACAUGAAAUUGAAUCAAUAAAAAAAGAUGACCAAGCAUUAAAACGAAUACUUAUAUCUUAUAAACUCAUGCUUGAUUUUUAUGGUUUUAAGUUAAUCAAUGAAAAGACAGGUGAAAUAGAUCGUUUACCUGAUGAUUCUUAUAAAUCACGUUUUCAUGAUCUCGAUACAUCAUCACAUAAUUAUUUACGUAUCACUCGUAUUUUAAAAUGUUUGGGUGAAUUUGAUUAUGAAUAUCUUAAAUUUCCUUUUCUUGAACAAAUAUUACGAGAAAUUAUUAUAGAAAAUACAUUAACAAAUUGCCUUCAAUCAUGUAAAGAUUAUUGGAUUGAAACUUUACGUAGUCGAGAUGAACGACGUGCUAUUCGACAAUAUGCAAGACAAUUAAUUGAUUAUCGCAAUAAGGGAUUGACACCAAGUAAAUCUUUUCGUGCUAUUAGGCCCUCAACAACAAAAGUAACAACAACAAAAACUUGA